AUGAUGAAUGAACAUAUUGAUGAUGAUGAUGAUGAUGAGGAAGAUAUUAUACUCGAUUGUAAAACCUUGAAUCUCAAAGCAAAAAAAAAAGUAAGUACUCCAAGUACAUCAGUUUUUCGUCAAGAACAAGUUAACAUCGGAGUCUACAAUGAAUCUAAUAAAUUAUCAAAAGAAAAAACAAUUAUUUUGGCUGUUACAUGUAUAUCUAUGGGUAUGUUUACUGGUUUAUUGGGACCAACAUUUCCAUAUCUAGCACAAAAAAUGUCUACUAACUUACCAUCAGUUAUAUGGCUUAUUGUUGUAAAAGGUAUUGGUUUUCUUAUUGGAACUUAUUUAAGUUCGUAUCUUUAUACAUGGUUUAAUACGUGUUGUUUACUUGGUUUAUCUUGUUUAUCAAUAAGUUUUGGUGUUUGUUCACUUCCAUUUAUAAUAGAUUUAACAACAUUUUAUUUAACUUCACUUAUACUUGGUGUCAGUUUAGGUUUAUCGUAUAAUGGUAUCGAUGCACUUUAUAAUCGUCUAUGGACUCGACCAUCAGUAUCAUCUAUUCGUUGGUUACAUUUAUUAGUUGCUAUAGGUGCAAUACUUUCAACAUUAAUGUUACUUCCAUCAGCAUUUUCAAUUGAUAAUAAUAUUUCAUCAAUAACAAAUAUUACUCAAUCUAUACGACCACGUCGUGCAAUACAUAAGAAUAGAGAAUUAUUAUUAUUAUUUAAUCAAUCAACAUCUACAACUAUUAAUAUGAUAAAAAAACCAUUAAUAGAUAUAUCAGAGAAUUUAACACAAUCAUUUUAUACUAAAUCAAUUUUAGAAAUAAAACAAACAACUUCGAAAUCUAUUUGUUUUAAAUUGUAUUGUUGUUAUUAUCAGAAUAAUCGAAAUAAUACAUUUACUUGUCAAAAACAUCAAAAAAAUCAACCAAAUGAUUGUAAAAAUGUUUUGUCGUCAUGUAAAAUUUUAAAUUUAAAUGCUUGUUAUGUCAAUAAACAUGAUAUAUGGUGUCGAAUUAAUCGAAUAUGUACAAACGAGAUAAUGCCAAAUUGUUCUAUAGAAUUAGUUGAUACAGUUAUUAAUGUAAAUAAUUUUACAACAAUAAUAUCAUCAUCAACAAGUACUACUAACUUACCUUCAACGUCAAGUAAGUUUAAUAUUAAUUAUUUAAGAAAGGUGUAG